CUUAGGUUAGAAAUCAAAACUUAGGUACUGGUCUGAGGUUAGAAAUAAACCGAAAUUAUAAAACGUUUUAUUUUAUAUUUUUUAACAUAACUGUGUUAAUAAUUAGGAACUGGCCUAAUGUCUGACGAUAAACCUAAUGUUCAACCGCAAAAUGGAGAAAAUAGUGGACCCAAAAAUGAACAAAGUACCAAUGAAAAUACAGAAGCCUGGGGUUAUGAUUUGUAUCCAGAAAGGAGAGGGAUAUUUAAACCAAAAAUUUCCAAUAUAUUAUUAGGUAGGGAAGGCAAAGAAGGUAUAGAGAAAGCGAAAUGUGAGAAACAUGUGUAUGACUGUGUUAAAAAUAGUUCAAUAGUUAAAGUAAUGAUGGCUGCACUCAGAAGCUCUGGUUGCCCUGUUGAUAUUCGGAGACAUAUCUCAUGCGAGGUCUGUGAUUAUUCUGUCAGUGGAGGUUAUGAUCCCCAGUUGAACCAGAUAGUUGUUUGUCAAAAUGUAUCAACAAGAAAGGGUAUGGUACAAGGAGUGCUAGCCCACGAGAUGAUCCACAUGUUCGACUACUGCCGCAACAAUCUAGACUUCAAAAAUAUGGAGCAUUUAGCUUGUACCGAGAUUCGGGCUGCCAACCUCACUCAUUGCUCAUUCACUAGCGCCUGGUCACAGGGGGAUGCGUCUUGGACCAAGAUUAAACAAGCACAUCAAGAUUGUGUCAAAACCAAAACCUUGUACUCAGUAUUGGCUGUGCGUCAGAUUGGCAAGAUAGAAGCAGUAGAUAUAAUAGAGAAAGUCUUUCCAAAGUGUUACAAGGACUUAGAACCAAUAGGGAGACGAAUAAGGAGAAAUUCAGAAGACAUGGACCGAGCAUACCGGGAAGCUUCAUAUUAUGGAUAUGUAUAAACUUAAAAAACAAACCACGGGUGAAAUAAAUCUCAGAUCUAUUAUUAUACUGGAUGGAGUAAAAGCUUCAAAAUGUUAAUCAAUUUUUUAGUAUGGCAAAUACAACACAUCACUUUUAUCAAUAUAACAUUAUAACAAAACUAUAUUAGUUACAUGUAAGUCUGUAAAUUGAUAAGAUAAUUGUUAAAAACAUACGAAAUGAUGAUUCUGGAUAUUUUCUGCCUCUGUUCAUUCUGUACACAUGACAUAUUUCAGUUAUUCCCAAAUAUCUAACCAGAUUAAUAAAAUUUAUUAAUAUUUAACUUAAAUAACAAUGCAGUGUCUAACUAGAACGUUCUGAUUGACUUCAGUCAAACAUUGAGAUUCAGUUUGGCUUGGACAAGUUAUAGCUCCAUCCAGUGUAAUUUUGAUUGAUCCGAGGAGAGUCCGAAAUUGCGUCUUAGUUUAGUAUUUUGAUGUAAUUGUUGACUCCAUCAAAAAAAUGAGACGUUUUUGGGUCUAUGUGACAAAGUUAGUGCUAUUAGAAUUAGGUGUGAAAAUAUUAUUGUAGAUAGUCACAGUAUGUAGAUAUGUAUGUAUUGUUAAAAUGUAGUUAUAUAUUAAUUGCAGUAAGUAUAAUAUUAUAGUAUCAAUAAAAGAGGUAUUUAAUUAUUUA